UGCGCGUCGGGUGAGCGCGGCGUCCCGCCCGCCAUGGCCGCGCGCCCCGGUCCGCUGUGGCUCCUGGGGCUGGCACUGUGCGCGCUGAGCGGCGGCGGCCCCGGCCCGCGCCCCCCAACCGGCGGCCCGCCCCGCCGCCUGGGCCCCCGCGAGCGCCGGGACCUGCAGCGCGAGAUCCUGGCGGUGCUUGGGCUGCCCGGGCGCCCCCGGCCCCGCGCGCCUCCCGCCGCCGCCCGGCUGCCCGCGUCCGCGCCGCUCUUCAUGCUGGACCUCUACCACGCCAUGGCCGGCGACGACGACGAGGACGGGGGCCCUCGCGAGCGGCGCCUGGGCCGCGCCGACCUGGUCAUGAGCUUCGUCAACAUGGUGGAGCUCGACCGCUCCCUGGGCCACCAGGAGCCCCCCUGGAAGGAGUUCCGCUUUGACCUGACCCAGAUCCCGGCGGGGGAGGCGGUCACAGCUGCCGAGUUCCGGAUUUACAAGCUGCCCAGCACCCACCUGCUCAACAGGACCCUCCACGUCAGCAUGUUCGAGGUGGUCAGAGAGCGGGCCAACAGGGAGUCUGACUUGUUCUUUUUGGAUCUUCAGACGCUCCGAGCUGAGGACGAGGGCUGGCUGGUGCUGGACGUGACAGCAGCCAGUGACCACGGGUUGUUGAACUGUAGCAAGGACCUGGGACUCCGCCUCUACGUGGAAACGGAGGACGGGCACAGCGUGGAUCCUGGCCUGGCCGGUCUGCUGGGGCGACGGGCACCGCGCUCCCAACAGCCCUUCAUGGUCACGUUUUUCAGGGCGAGCCCCCGCCCCGUCCGGGCCCCUCGGGCGGUGAGGCCCCUGCGGAGGCGGCUGCUGAAGACGACCAACGAGCUGCCGCCGCCCAACAAGCUCCCGGGGAUCCUCGAUGGCGCCCACGGCUCCCACGGUCGGCAGGUGUGCCGUCGGCACGAGCUCUAUGUCAGCUUCCAGGACCUCGGCUGGCUGGAUUGGGUCAUCGCCCCCCAAGGCUACUCAGCCUAUUACUGUGAGGGGGAGUGCUCCUUCCCGCUGGACUCCUGCAUGAACGCCACCAACCACGCCAUCGUGCAGUCCCUGGUGCACCUGAUGAAGCCAGACGCCGUGCCCAAGGCGUGCUGCGCGCCCACCAAGCUGAGCGCCACCUCCGUGCUCUACUAUGACAGCAGCAACAACGUCAUCCUGCGCAAACACCGCAACAUGGUGGUCAAGGCCUGCGGCUGCCACUGAGGCCCCGCUGGCCGCUGCAGCGCCUCCCGCCGGGGUCAGCCCCGCGCCAGAGGCUGAGGCCCUCAAAUGCCACCGUAGCUCUGGAGGGGCCGAAGGGAGGGCUCUCAUAUCUGCCCCCAUUCAGCCAGGGUCUGGUCGGUCCUCUCCAGGCCCCUGCGCCCCUUCCCCAGGGUCUGUGGUUUGUCCCACCCCAACCUGUAGGGACGGCCGCACACAGCAGCCAUGGUGUCAGCACAAAGGCCUGUCUGAGGACUGCCCUUGGCCCUCGUGGCCCAUACUGUGGAUGACCCAGGCCAGUCUGAGUGUACAACUGGCUGGUUGGGCCAAGGUUCGGGGUGGGAGCAGGGGUUGCCCCUUCCCAGGACAACAUGGGCAUUCCCAGGGCCUAGACACGUGCAUGUCCUCAGUAGUAAGCACAUCAGAGAAAGAACAAGCCAGAGGGCUCAGGCCCUGGGCCUGCCCUCCUGCCUGGAGAGGCGUGACGCCCAGAGAAGCAAGAGCUCUCAGGGGCUUCCAGUUCCCUCACUGCCCCCAGGUGGGGCUCAGCACUGGACAAAGGUAACCCUUAGCAGAAGCAAGGACAGUGUGUGCAGCGAGCGGCGGUGCUGGCAGACUCGCGGCACAGACCUCACCAUUGCCCAGCCUCUCCCCGUGGCCGUCAGCACCCGGGUUCUUUCCCCGCUGACUGUGGACAGGGUCUUAAAAACCUCAACACAAACCUUUCAGAGUUGAGACGAACAGGCUUCCGCUCCUCCCUGCUAAGGAGCAAUGCAUUCCCCGGAGCAGAGGGCCUAGGCCACCUCUGGCCAGGCAAAGGGCAAGGGUGGCCACCGUCGGUGUCUGCCGGAGUCUAGAAGGUAGGAACAGACUGGUCACCCUGUGUCCUGUUUCUUGGGGCCUGUGAGCCCAAGAAAAGGGCCCUGUCCCAGGGGAGUGACAGGCAGUAAUUAGGGUGAGCUGGGUGGGAAGGUUCCCGGAAACCACUGUUCUCCUUGGAGCAGCCGAGGCAGUGGGAGUGUUGAUUUGAUUUCUGACUUGCGAACCCUGUAAUUUACCUGCUGGAGCAGACAGUCCAGCUGCCUGAACCCUGAAAUACUGUGUCGUUAAUAGCAGAUCCUGGGCCCACCCCAACCCACAGGCACGGCCCACAGAGGCAGAACGACCCGACCCGUGUGCCCAAGGACAGGCACCCUGGGAUCCACUCUGCACCCUGAGGGCAGGCUCCGGGAGAGCAGGUCUGGGGCAGGGGUGGAGGCUGGGCCGGGCUGCAGCCCCGACCCCUGGUCUGGGAGGUACUCUGGGAGAGAUUGCCGAGGAAGAGGCCCUUACCAUGUACACAGAGGAUAGUCCCAGACUGUCUGGAAG